AUGCAGCAGGGAGACAAACAGCAGGGAGACAAACAGCAGCGAGACAAACAGCAGCGAGAUAAACAGCAGGGAGACAAACAGCAGGGAGACAAACAGCAGGGAGACAAACAGCAGCGAGACAAACAUAAGGGAGACAAACAGCAGGGAGACAAACAGCAGGGAGACAAACAGCAGGGAGACAAACAGCAGGGAGACAAACAGCAGGGUGACAAACAGCAGGGAGACAAACAGCAGCGAGACAAACAGCAGGGAGACAAACAGCAGGGAGACAAACAGCAGGGAGACAAACAGCAGGGAGACAAACAGCAGCGAGACAAACAGCAGGGAGACAAACAGCAGGGAGACAAACAGCAGGGAGACAAACAGCAGGGGAACGGCUAUUUUGUUUAA